AUGGCACCCUGGCAGAUCGUGAUGCUGCAGGACGAGAAGUCGAUGCUGCGGGCCGAGAACCAGAAGCUGCAGGAGCGGCUGCGGCUGCAGCAGGAGCUGCCGGACGCAUCGACCGGCGGCGAGGGCCCCGAGCAGCGGCAGCGCUACAAGCAGCUGCGCGAGAAGCUGGCCGCCGCCGAUGAGGAGAUCUACAAGCUGGAGGCCACGCGGGAGGAGCUGCGCAGCAGGUGCGACGUGGUGGAGAAGGACCUGCGGGAGACGCAGACCAAGAACGAGGAGCUCCAGCGCAUGGCGGACGAGACGCGCCGACUCCGGGAUGAGCUGGAGAUCCUGCGCGACCUGGCGUCCAAGGUGCCGCAGUACGAGGCCAAGCUGGACACCUACCAGAAGCGGCUGCAGGAGAUGGGCGACCUGCGUCGGCAGAUCAAGCUGCUCGAGGAGAAGAACACCGACUACAUGCAGCAGAACAUGGAGCUGGAGGAGGAGCUGAAGAAGUCGGGCAGCUACCGACCGCAGCUGGACCUCUACAAGAAACAAGUGGGCGAGCUGCACGACCAGCUGGCCGAGGAGACCAAGAAGCGCGACAAGGCCGAGUUCGACCUGCGCAAGCUGGCCGAGAAGAUGGCCGCCCUGCAGAGCGAGAAGGAGGUCGCGCUGGGCGCCCGGCUGGCCGACGGCGGCUCGCCCUCCGACGUGGGCGCGUUGGAGCAGAUCCCCACCGACGUCAAGGAGAAGCUGCUCCGGCUGCAGCACGAGAACCGGCAGCUGCGCGCCCGCGUGGACGGCGGUCGCCAGGACCAGGAGGAGGCGUACCGCGCGCUGCUGGACGACCUGCGCGCGCGCGAGACCUCGCUGCAGGCUGAGAACAGGCGGCUGAACCAGCGCAUCCUGGAGCUGCAGUCGCAUCUGGAGGAGGGUGGCGGCUCGGAGCGCGCGGCCCCCUCCACCAGCCGCCUGUACUCGCUCGAGCAGGAGCUGCAGAACAAGACGAUGCAGAUCGGCGAGAUGGAGAUCCGGCUGGCCGAGCAGGCGGCUCGCACGCAGGAGCAGCAGGAGCAGCUGUCCCGCCGCGACGCCGAGAUGGCCGCCAUGGAGGAGCGCUACAAGAAGUACCUGGAGAAGGCCAAGUCGGUGAUCCGCUCGCUCGACCCGAAGACGGCCGGCUCGGCCAGCUCCCCGGACGUGUCCGUACUGCGUCAUCAGCUGGCCGAGAAGGACCGCCUGCUGGAGGUGAUGGAAAAGGAGAGCGAGAAGGCGAAGUCGAUCCGCGAGGCCGAGGAGCGGCUCAUCACCACCGCCUUCUACAACUUCGGCUCGCAGAUCCACCGCCAGGCGGUGGAGCAGCGUCUCUCGAACAUCAGCGGCGGCCAGUCGUCCUUUCUGGCCCGGCAGCGGCAGGCCAACACGCGCCGUCUCCACGGCAACAGCCUGCUUUUCACGAUGGACACCAGCGAGCUGUAGCAGCCUGCAUGCCACCCGCGCUGUAGAACUCCGGAUACCACCUGCGCUGUAGAACUCCGGCUAACCCAGCGGUCGCUGACCGGCCACCCUUACAGCUGCAUGCCUUGCACGCCGGCCUGCAUGGU